CCCCGCCCCUCGGCGGGCAGGCACCGGGAGCGGCACCGGCACCGGGAUCAGGACCGCGAGCGGCACCGGGAGCGCCACGGGAGCGGCCCCACGAUGGGCGGGUGGCGGGAUCUGUCCGCGCAGGCGCUGGAGGACCAUUACUCGCCCAGCCGCUGGUCCCCCCGCCUGGACCGGGACACCAUCAUCGACGCCCACCUCGCGGUGACGGCGGCAGGAACCGAACGGGCCCGGGCCAGCGGGCAGACCUUGCUGCACGUGCCCUACGGCGACGGGGAUGGGGAGAAGCUGGACAUCUACUUUCCCACGGACCCUUGUGAAACCUUCCCGGUUCUGGUCUACAUCCACGGCGGAUACUGGCAGUGCAUGAGUAAGGACGAUUCGGGGUUUGCAGCCCCCCCGCUGGUGUCGCAGGGGGUGGCAGUGGUGGCGGUGGGGUACGACAUAGCCCCUAAAGGCCACAUGGACACCAUGGUGUUGCAGGUGCGCCGCAGCCUCGUCUUCCUGGUGCAGCGGUACCCCAGGAUCAGAGGCAUUUACUUGUGCGGACACUCAGCAGGGGCCCACCUGGCAGCCAUGGUGCUGUCCACAGACUGGACGGAAUUCCGAGUGGUGCCAGAUAUCAAAGGAGCGGUGCUGGUGAGCGGCCUGUAUGACCUGGAGCCCCUCCUGCACACCUAUGUGAACGACGCUCUGAACAUGAGCCGGGAGGUGGCCCAGAGGAACAGCCCCAUGAGACAUGUCACCCCAGCAGUGCCAGCAGCCUGCCAGGUGCUCGUGGCUGUGGCCCAGCAUGACUCCCCAGAGUUCCGCAGGCAGUCACAGGAGUACAGCCAGGCCCUGCGUGCAGCUGGCUGGUCUGUCUCUCUGCUGGAUCUGGCUGGUGUGGAUCACUUUGAUGUCAUUGAGAGGCUGUCAGAGGACAGCUACAUCCUCACUCAGGUGAUUCUCAACAUGAUUUCAAGAGCAUGAUGGCACCUCAGGAGUAAACAGAUGGGGACCGUGGCCCUGUGUGUUGGCAAUGGGCAUCUGACAUCCCCCGCCUGCUGCCUCCUCAGUCUAACACAGGGCCACCACUGUCUCAGACCCACACUGUGCCCUCUCUGCUCAGCCCAGCCCAGGCUGGUGCCCCUUCCCUGGAGUGGUCCUGCCCGCUGGAGCACAGGGGACUGAGGGCUGCAAGGCUCUGAUUGGGCAGCUGGAUCAUGAAGUUUGCUCCCUCAGCGUCCUUUAAACUGCACAUUGGCAAUACAGAAUAAAAUGGGAAUUACUGCUG